AUGCACCCGAAAGAUCACAAAGAUGAUGACUUCAUUGACGACACGCUCCAUGAUGUCGCCGAAGGAGAAACUGCUCGCAUCGUUGACCACAUCGCGGAGCGUCAACUUUGCCGCAAGUUUGACGUCCGUUUGAUGCCUGUCUUGGCGAUCAUGUGUCAAUACAACCUUUUGGUGUCAAUCUUCUUUGUACCGUAUGUCAUUUUUGCUCCACCAGUUGCGAUAGUUGGCAAGAAGUACGGCCCUGCCAGAGUUCUUCCAAUUCUCAUGUUCACCUUUGGUUCCAUGACUUUGUUGGCGGCUUGCGUCCAGAAUUUUGGCGGGCUCUUUGCUCUUCGCUUCUUUCUGGGUGUCGCUGAGUCGGGUUUCUUCCCGCUUGUCAUUUAUUACCUCACAACAUUCUACAGGCGUGGUGAACUGGCACGUCGCUUGGCCGUCUUUUACGCAGCCUCCAAUAUUGCCAAUGCCUUUAGCGGGCUUUUGUCAUUCGGAGUUUUCCAGAUCGACUCCAAGAUGUUUGUAUGGCGGUAUCUGUUCAUCAUUGAAGGCGCAGCAUCUGUCCUCUUCUCCAUCUUUGCUUUCUGGUAUCUUCCGUUGUCAGCUGGUGAGGCCAAGUUUCUUGGCGAAGAGGAAAAGGCAUUAGCAUUUCACCGAAUGCAGGUCGAUUCAUCUUCAGUUGUGCAAGAAAAGUUCAGCUUUAAGGACUCGAUCAAAAUCUUUAAACAGCCGACGACGUACUGUUUCCUGUUGAUUGAGAUUUGCCUGGGUGUACCGAUUCAGUCUGUCGCGCUUUUUAUGCCGCAGAUUAUCCAACGUCUGGGAUAUGGAACUAUCAAGACCAAUCUUUAUACUGUCGCGCCUAAUGUUGGCGGCGCAGUGAUGCUACUUAUCUUGGCAUUCAGCUCUGACUUUCUGCGCAUUCGUUUCCCCUUUAUCAUGCUCGGAUUCGCCUUCACCUUUAUCGGGUUCAUCAUUUAUGCCGCCAUCUCUGAUGUCCAAGCCCAGUUACAGCUGGCCUACUACGCAUGCUUCAUGAUGGUUUGGGGAACUUCUGCACCAUCUGUCCUAUUAUCUACGUGGUAUAAUAAUAAUAUUAGCCACGAGGGCAAGAGGGUAGUGCUCACAUCAGUGGGUGUACCUUUAGCAAACUUGAUGGGUCUCGUAUCAAGCAACAUUUUCCGAGAGAGCGAAAAGCCCAAGUACCCAACAGCUCUUAUCACAACAGCCUGCUUUGGAGCCUGCGGAUGCCUCAUAGCGGGUCUUCUUGGUGGGUUUAUGGUCUUUGAUAACAUGCGAAGGAAUCGCAAGGCGGGGACCAAGACGACGGCUGCGGAUGUGUCUACUCAGCGUUUGCGCGAUGGCCCAUCUUCCCCCGAAUUUCGUUGGUUCUUGUGA